UAAGAACGGAGACGUGUACGGAGACGGUACAGAUGAAGCAUACAGUACGUCACCCAUCUGAAAGUGAAACUAAAAGUAAAAGUAUAGCAGUUAGCUAACCGUGGACUCUGUGAGGGGAAACACAUGGAUCAGAUUCAGCCUCUUGCAGUUUGGAAAAUGAAGGAAUUGGCAGCAUGUGGAUUGGUCAUUCUCCUGUUCGACACGGCUCUGUGUCUGGCUCUGUGGGCCGUGCUGGUGCUGCUGAGCUGCUCCAGUUGGGGUGGCCUGCCAGGCGUGUGGGCCUUUGGGGCGGCAAAGUGGGCCGUUCUCCAUGUUUUCACCUCAAAACUGACUGAUGGAAAGCCAGAGGGCGUGCUCCGCAGGUUAGUGGCUCUCCUCUGCCUUCUCUCUCCUGUGUUUGAAAGUGGACGGAUCCUCAUGGCGCCCCCCUCACAGCCUAACACUGGACCAUCUCCUGACCUCAGCAUGCUGCUCCUGGGCCCCUUGUCCUCGUUGCUGGCCUGUGUGGUUUGGGAGAAGAGCCUCUGUGGUGAUUCAAAGACUAAAAAGGACAACAUUGACCUGGAUGCCAGGCGGCUGCUUGUCAGGGUGCUGAAAUACUUCAAACCAGACACCCUUUACCUGAUUGCAGCUUUCAGUUUCCUCAUCUUAGGAGUCGUCUGUGAUACAUAUAUCCCAUUAUAUCAGGGGAAUGUCAUCGAUAUGCUAGGAGGUCAAAAUCAUCAAACCAGCGUUGGUUAUGCAAUUGGACAGCUGGCCUUUGUCUCGCUUGGAAGUGCUCUGUUCUCCGGCAUGAGAGGAGGCAUAUUUAUGUGCACUCUGGCCAGACUCAACAAGAGACUGAAGCAUCUGCUGUUCCACACCCUGCUGCAGCAGGAGGUGCACUUCUUUGAGGAGAACAACCCUGGACGUCUGUCCUCCCGCCUGCACUCUGACGUGGACAGGAUGGGCCGCACGGUCGCACUGAACUCCAACGCUCUGGUCCGCAGCACAGUCAAAACCGUUCUCAUGUUCAGAGUGAUGUUGGGCCUGUCCUGGGAGCUCACAUUGCUCACCAGUAUAGAGAUGCCUCUGCUGGCCUUCCUGCAGAACAAAUACAUCACCUGGUCCAAGGACCUGAAAGACCAGAUCCAGGAGUGCCACGCUCAGAACAAAGACCUGGCUUUCCAGACAAUCAGCGGGAUUCGCACGGUCCGCAGCUUCAGGGCGGAGAAAGACGAGCUGAGGAGGUACAAUGAGGCUCUGGACGUGAUGUGCGCCGUGAAGAGAAGUACAGGAAUCUACAGCGCAGUCUUCCUGUUGAUACGGAGGGUGGUGAGUCUGGGAAUAAAGAUACUCAUGCUGGUACAGGCCCGCAGCCUCAUAUCGUCAGGUGACCUCACUAUUGGAAGUCUUGUGUCCUUCUUCCUGUACCAGAAGCCCAUGUCAAACAAUUUAAAGGAGAUCAUGUAUUGCUAUGGAGAGACGAUGUCCACAGUCGGAGUCAUCUCCAAAGUGUUCAGUUAUAUUGACCGAACACCAAAGUGUAAGAAGGAGGGAGAGUUAGCUCCUGAGAGGCUGGAGGGAAGAAUUGUUUUCCAAAAUGUGACCUUCAAAUAUCCCUCAUCUCCUGACGUGGAACCAACUCUGAAGAAAGUUUCUAUGGAGCUUAAGCCAGGUAAGAUGACAGCUCUGGUGGGUCCCUCUGGAGGCGGGAAGACUUCCUGUGUCAGCCUCCUGAAGAGGCUGUACGAACCUGAAGAGGGGCAGAUCCUGCUGGACGGACAACCUCUGCAUCAUUACAAUCACAAAUACUUCCAUCAAAAGAUGGCCCUGGUAUCCCAGGAUCCCGUGCUGUUUUCUGGUUCUCUGAGGUACAACAUUGAGUACGGCCUGAAUGACUGCACCUUAGAGAGGGUGAAGGAAGCUGCAAAGAAGGCCAACGCAGACCACUUCAUCUCUGAACUCAAGAACAAAUAUGACACAGAUAUAGGGGAAUGUGGUGGUAAGCUGUCAGACGGACAGAAGCAGAGCCUGGCCAUCAUCAGAGCUCUGGUCCGGGAGCCGCAGGUCAUCAUACUGGACGAGGCCACCAGCAAACUGGAUGUUGAUGUGCAGCAUACUGUGCUGCAGGAGGUUCUGACCUGCGGUCGGACUGUCCUGGUGGUGGCUCAUCAGCUGAAGACUGUGGAGAAGGCAGAUCACAUCAUCUUCAUCGAGAAGGGAGCCGUAGUAGAAGAAGGGACCCACGAACAACUCAUGGCCAAAGAAGGGCACUACUAUCGUUGGAAAGAGGAACUGUUCUCUUAACCCAGCUGAGAAAAGUUCAGUAAAUGUAUUUUUACUGUUUCUACAUUUUAAUGUGGGAAUAUUUAUCCUGACCCACUCAUCUGCAUGUUUUAUCUUCUAAAGAUAUGUCAGUACAAAAUGUAUUUAAUGAUUGAUCAUGACAUUUGUUUGUAAAGCGCCUUUCAUACAAAAAAUGUAGCUGUGCAUUACAGGAAAAUGGACAUAAAAUGUACAUAAAACAGGGAAAGAAUGACAAAAUGAAUGUCAAAAAAGUAACGAAGAAGGGUGUGGUCUGCAUGUUCAAUGGAGAAUACGAGUAUAAAUUAUGUUUAACAGUUUGAUCUCAACAGACCGACACAUCAGAAAGAACUAAGACGAAUGCUCUAAUAAGCAAACAUUAGUAUUGUUUUUGAUGCAGUUUUGUUUUUUGUAGUAUUUAAAGUCAACUCUCAACUCCAGCUAAUAUUAGCCAAGCUACUUGUUUUACCAGUUCCGAGUUCUGAAUGUGGACUAGAGCAUUAUAGAUACUACACCCAUGUUUUUUUUACUGCAGUCUAAAUAAACUUGGACUGUAUGACCAAGGUUGGAUUUGACAAAAAAUAAUGGGUGUAUCGGCUACCAGUCUCAGAAGUAAAUGCACAUUGACACUGGCUGCUCAUGCUCACUUUCCUGUCCACUCAUUUUUUUAACAUGAAUCCCAUGUUUAUAUAUUUGUACGAAAAAACACGAUAAUUCUCGUGCCUUGCCAUUUUAUGUUGAUUGUGGUAUGCAAUGAAAUCUUUUAGUGUUGUAAUACUUAAUGUUUUGAGUUUUAAGAUGGAAGACUUUCAGAAAACUUCAGUUAGUGGGGUAGAGGAUCUGGGUCUGUGUUACGAUACACAAGUUGACCUGCGGUAAUAGCGCUUCUUUGGUGUACUAAUCUACUCUACAAGGCUCAAUGUAACCCACUGUGUUUGCUUAAAAUAAAGAACUGUAAAAAAAAAAUUUUAAA